GAGCCGCUCGUUCCAUUUCCAUUCCUACGCCGAGGUCUUCUUCCCCACUCUCUCCCUCCCACGCCGCCGCCCCCGCAAACCCUAGCGAACGCAGCGGAGAGAGGAGAGAGCGCCAUGGCCGUGGAGGUGGCGACGCAGAAGAUCAGGUGGGGAGAGCUCGAGGAGGACGACGAGGGGGACCUCGACUUCCUGCUCCCGCCGCGCGUGGUCUCCGGGCCCGACGAGAAUGGGUUCAAGAAGGUGGUCGAGUAUCGCUUCGACGACAAGGGGAACAAGGUGAAGGUCACCAGGACCUUCCGCGUCCGCAAGAUCGCCCGCGCCCGCCUCUCCAAGAGCGCCAUCGAGCGCCGCUCGUGGCCCAAGUUCGGCGACGCCGUGCAGGAGGACGUCGGCGCGCGGCUCACCAUGGUGUCCACCGAGGAGAUCGUCCUUGAGCGCCCACGCGCCCCAGGGAGCAAAGCUGAAGAACCAAGUGCUUCUGGUGAUCCACUGGCAAGCAAGAGUGGUGCAGUUCUCAUGGUUUGCAGAACCUGUGGGAAGAAGGGUGAUCACUGGACCUCAAAGUGCCCCUACAAGGAUCUAGCUCCCCAGACAGAAGCUUUUGUGGACAGGCCUCCCACUGCUGAUGGCUCUGGACCUCCAGGUGGCGCCGUGAAGGGAGCAUAUGUUCCUCCAAGCAUGAGGUCUGGUGCUGUUGAUAGGGUUGGACAUGACAUGAGGCGUAGGAAUGAUGAGAACUCUGUCCGUGUGACCAAUCUAUCAGAGGACACCCGUGAACCCGACCUACUUGAGCUAUUCCGCACAUUUGGUCCAGUUAGCCGUGUCUACGUUGCGGUGGAUCAGAAGACUGGAGCAAGCAGGGGGUUCGGCUUCGUCAACUUUGUUCACAGAGAGGACGCUGAGAAGGCUAUCAGCAAGCUCAAUGGUUAUGGUUAUGAUAACCUUAUCCUUCGUGUUGAGUGGGCAACACCAAGGCCAAAUUAAUUUUGUUACUCCCUGCAAGCGUUACAUACUUUUCAUGAAUGUUCGAUCAGUAUGUCUCUUGAAAUAGUACUUUUGGUUUGCGCAUAUCCUGUGUCCUGAACUUAAGCUGUACUAUUUUUGCUUGGACGAGAAUAACUGAACUCGCAGCUAUUUCCUAUAUCAGCUGAUAUUUGCAAGUGUGUUUGUAUGGAUGUGCGAGGGUUCCAUA